UCCUUUGAUAUAAACUUCGACUGAAAGAAGCUUUAACGUUCGUUGUAUAGUGUACCAACAUACCGCGUCUAAAGAUCGAAAUUUGAAUUUGUGAUAGAACUUGUUUUUUUACAAACGGUUUAAAAAUAGAAUUUGAUUUGAAACUGGAAUAUCUAACUGGCCGUUAUAAUAAAUUACUUGAGAAACAAUGGCCAAAAUAAUUCAAAUUUUCUUCGCCUGUGCUUGCGUGUUAGCCGUUUCAGCUAUUCCCUCUGGAAAAUCACGCAACGCUUACUCAUACCCUUUCAACUUCGUGGGCCGGGAGUCAUGGGGAGCUAGACCCCCUAAUGGCGCGACCCCUUUAUCUCUGCCAGUACCCUACGUGGUGGUCCACCACAGCUACAUUCCUCCUGAUUGCGACACUGAGGACUCCUGCAAGCACAACAUGAGACUGAUGCAAGAUAUGCAUCAGAUCGUUAAUGGAUGGCAGGAUAUUGGAUACAAUUUCGCAGUGGGCGGCGAAGGUUCAGUUUACGAAGGUCGGGGCUGGGAAGCCGUUGGAGCUCAUGCUGUGUCUUACAACGUUAAAAGCAUCGGCAUUUGUAUGAUUGGAGACUUCGUAGGUAAACUUCCCCCACAAGCUCAACUGGAAUCACUAAAGAAACUAAUUGCGAGUGGAGUGGAGCUUGGCUACAUCAGUAGAGACUACAAACUGAUUGGUCACCGACAGGUCGCCGCCACAGAAUGUCCAGGACAAGCCCUCUUCAACGAGAUAUCCACCUGGGACCAUUUCACACCAGCCCUAUAACGAACAAAAUUAAAAAAAAGCCAGUGCCGGAUUUAGCGUGUGUGGGGCCCGUAACAAAAUUUUCUAAGGGGCCCAUUGAUAUCUAGUCUUAUAAUUCCAAUUCAAAUUUUUAUUACAUUUUAUCAUUUGUACAAUAGGUGUUACAAUUGGGUACAGACUCAUACGAUAAGCUAGAGUUACAUUUGGAUAUACCAACGGGUCCCCACUUAUUGACUGGGGCCCAUAGCAUUUACCAUUACUGUCGCAGUAAAUCCGAUACUAAAAAAAGCAAUGAUUUAGGUGUGAUUCUUAUAAUGUCUAGGUUUUAUUUAUGACUAGAUCUAAAUACCUCUAUACUAGUCACAUACUAUGCAAAUACUCGACGCAAUCUGUACUGUGAACAGUGCUGUGAUUAUUGUUAAGUGUUUUAGCAAAUAAAUGUUGUAUUUUUUAUAUUUUUA